AUGACUUCUCCGCAAGCCGUGAUCUCUGUAAUCGGCUCUCUCAAUGUCGACCUCGUCACACGCACCCACCGCAUCCCCGUCGCAGGCGAAACCCUCGCCAGCGAAUCCUUCAACAUCGGCUGGGGCGGCAAAGGCGCCAAUCAAGCCGUCGCCUGCGCCCGUCUCUCACGCACAAAAGCCCAAGUCACCGCUGCGCAAGCCUCCGAUGUAGAGGUGCGCAUGGUCGGUGCAGUCGGCCAAGAUGAAUUCCGCCAGUCCUUCUUAAAAGCACUGCGAGACGAUGGUCUCAACACCGACAAAGUAGAGAUUCUUCCCGGAAAGAAGACGGGUGUAGCUGUCAUUGUGGUUGAGACGGGUUCCGGAGAGAAUCGCAUCAUGUUUAACCCUGGUGCGAAUGGUGAUGUUCCUGUCAAAGAUCUCGUGGAUGACGAUGCGAGUGUUGCCUUGUUCCAGCUCGAGUUGCCGCUGCAGGUUGUGCUGCAUAAUAUGGCUGUGGCACGCAAGAAGGGGGUGGAGACUAUUAUUAAUCCUGCGCCUGCGAUUGCGUUGCCGAUGGAGGCGUAUCAGGGGUUGGGGCAUCUCAUUGUUAAUGAGACGGAGGCUGCCAUUUUGAGUGGGAUUGAAAAGCCAACGAAUUGGGAUGAGGUUGCGGGGAUUUUUAUUGCGAGGGGGGUGAAGAAUGUGAUUAUUACUCUUGGAGGAGAGGGUGUCUUUUACAAGACAGCAAAACAGCAAGCUUCGUCUCAGCGAGGUGUCAUUGUUCCAGCACGCAAGGUUCAAGUCGUUGACACAACGGCUGCUGGCGACACGUUUGCCGGUGCUUAUACCGUUGCUGUAGCCCGCUGGAAAGUUAUGUCGAAAGGUGCUGACUUCGAUCUUGACGCGGCCAUCGCGCAGGCAAACAGAGCUGCGUCAAUGACUGUACAGAGGGAGGGCGCACAGUCAAGUAUUCCAUGGGCUGAUGAAGUUCCAGAGUUAUGA